UUGAGCUUUUCGUGGCAGGUUUAAAAUUUGUUUACGUUAGUCAGAUACUGUGGAGUUAAACUAGAGCACAUACUGUGUCGAUGCGAUACUAUAGCGUUGUACUUGAGCGAGGAACGGCGUUUUGAACAGUUUUACAAACUAAUUCGUGCGGGUUUGCUUUGCAAAGGCGCGAAGAUGACGGCGGAACGAAAUUACAGCUUCUUAACUGGACAGAAGAACACGUUUUCCAUCGCGGAUUAUGUUAUAUUCGGUUGCAUGUUAGCAGUGUCGACGUUUAUAGGAUUUUUCUACGCGAUCAAAGACCGUCGGAUAAGCGACACAAAGCUGUUUCUACUCGCCGGCGGCAAAAUGAACUGCGUUCCGGUCUCCAUGUCCCUGCUGGCUAGCUUCAUGUCGGCUAUCACCCUGCUGGGAACGCCGGCGGAAAUGUACAACUACGGCACCAUGUACUGGUGGAUAGGACUCUCGUACGCCGGCGCCGUCGGCCUGUCGGCUCACGUUUACACGCCCAUUUUCUACCGGCUGCGACUGACGUCGUGUUAUGAGUACCUCGAGAAACGGUUUAGCAAAGGUGUCCGACUGAUGGGGACCUGUAUAUUCUCAUUACAAAUGAUAAUCUACAUGUCCAUAGUGUUAUACGCACCGUCCCUGGCUCUGAAUGCAGUGACCGGUCUAUCUUUGUGGGGUGCCAUCAUCUCAGUAGGAAGUCUGUGCACUAUAUACACCGCAGUAGGCGGCAUGAAGGCUGUGCUAUGGACGGACACGUUCCAGACCGUGAUGAUGAUUGUGGGCCUGCUGGCCACGCUUAUCCAGGGCUGCAUCGAGAUUGGAGGCUUCCAGGCCGCCUGGGACAUCACCAAACAGAACCAGCGCGUCUACUUCGAUGAUUUCCGGUUGGACCCCACGGUACGCCACAGUUUCUGGGCGCUCACCAUAGGUGGCGUCUUCCUGUGGGCGAGCGUCUACGCGACCAACCAAGCCCAAGUCCAGCGGUCCCUUAGCUGCGGCUCACUGCGGGGCGCUCAGGCAGCUCUAUGGGUCAACUUCCCGGGCCUGUGUGUCAUCCUGAUGCUCUCCUGUCUGAACGGGAUUGUCAUGUACGCCUUCUAUAGCACCUGUGAUCCCGUGAAGUUUGGACUCAUCCAGGCGUCCGACCAGCUCUACCCGCUGUUCGUUAUGGACCUAUUGAGCCAUGUCCCGGGGGUCCCGGGUCUUUUUGUAGCCUGCAUAUUCAGUGGAACUUUAAGCACUAUAUCCUCCGGACUGAACUCCAUGUCAGCUGUCACGCUUACAGACAUCGUACGUCCUAUGGUGCCCGGAAUGAGCGAGUCACGGGCAACAACUCUUACAAAAGUUUUUGCGCUGGUGUACGGCGUUGCUUGUCUUGGGUUAACAUACGUGGCGUCAAAACUAGGAAAUAUUCUUCAGGCAGCUCUGUCACUGUUUGGAAUCGUCGGGGCCCCUAUGCUUGGGCUAUUUACCUUAGGAAUGAUUUACCCAUGGGCGAACUACAAGGGCGCCUACGCCGGAACGCUAACCAGCGUCGUGAUUAUGAUGUGGAUAGGUGGUGGGGCGCACGUUACCAAGACGUAUAGGUAUCAGCCACCUGUGAAAACGUACGGGUGUAACUGGAACCUCACUUGGCAGGACGCGACCUCCAACACCAGCAGCGUCCUCCCACCUGUCGUCGAUAUGGACGGCAACGUGACCGCUGUUGAAAGCGAGCCGGAAGGCCUAGCACGGUUCUACUCACUGUCGUAUCUCUGGUACAGUUGCUUUGCCAUGUUGAUCGUGACGGUGGUUGGUCUGACCGUCAGCUUCCUCACAGGACCAGAGGAUCCCAAGUCGCUUGACGCAAGACUGAUAUGCCCGAUAUUCGAUGUCCUGUGUCCUUUCCUGCCUGAGAAAUGGAGGAAACCACUCAGAUUCGGGAUCGAGCAUGAAGGAAAAUAUGACAAGGACAUUGAAGAGGCCAAGAAACGCCCGACGUCUCUGAUCUCUGUGGACAAAGAUGGCGACAUCGUGAUACCGACGGAAAUGGAUGUGCUCAUAAUGCACGAGAACAAUCAGACAAAGGUGAUCGUUGUCGAACAUUGAUGGUGGUGAUUCAGCAUUUUGCGCUCAACUUACAUUUCGUUUAUAUACGAAGAUGCAAAGGUUCAUUUUGUGGACAUUGAUGAUGAUGAUUUAGCGUAUGGACCAACGCUGGGAUAUUCUCGUGAAUAUGUUUGUCAUUUUGACCGCUGACCUAAAUUCGACAUGAAAUAUGCAGUCAAUGAGUUUGUCAGUCACGUUGACAUAUUGAGAAGAACAUAGAUAUGUGUAUACAAUUGAAAUGCGCUCUGGGAAAACCGGGCUAAAUGCAAAUGCUUCAAGUGUCGUCUUAGAUUAGCAAAUGCUAAUCAAUGACGACAUCUCCGCUUAAAUUAGAUUUUUCGCUAAUAAGAUACUUCAUGCAAUCGAAAUGAAAGUGUCGCCCCUUGAUAAGCAUGUGCUUGUGUGCAGGCAAAUCUGGGACAACACUUAACCCUUUGCAUGCUGGGAAAUUUGUCGUCUGCUAAAAUGUCGUCUGCUGAAUUUCUAAAAUUAGCAUUUUCUGCGAUUUUUUUCAAAGAAUAUUAUCAGAAUAGCAAACAGUUUGGAUCCUGAUCAGACGCCACGUUCUGUGGCGUCUCAUCUGGAUCCAAACUGUUUGCAAAGGCCUUCAAAAUUCGGUUCCCGCACUGAAAGGGUUAACGCACAUGCAUUAAACCAAGUUUUCCACGCACGAGGCUGAUUCUUAUUCUGCGGCUCUUUUUGUUCGAUACAGUUCAGAAUUUUAGGAAGCGACGGGUUUGGUGAUGAUGGCUUGCCUAACAAGCAGCUCAAUCGCGGAAAUUCGUUCAUUUAUAGGUUUUAUAUACUGUUAAGAUUUAUAUACUCUGUGUAUACAAUUAUUGACUUUUAUGCUGACAAUUAAAUUGUCACGAAUACA